GAGUCCAUUCUUGUGUGAGAUCACAGAGUGAGAAAAGUAAGUGAGAAAACACUGUUUUGAGUGUUUUGCAGUAACUGAACUUCAUUAGAAGAAGAAGGAUUGAGAUGAGAUGGAUACUGUUAUAGUAGAACACGCAGAAAUGAGUACUAAGAGUAAUGGUUGUUGCAGUAAGAAAGGUCCUGGUUAUGCAACUCCAAUUGAAGCUAUGUCUGGUCCUAAAGAAUCACUGAUUUAUGUUACCUGUGUUUACUCAGGAACAGGAAUAGAGAAGCCUGAUUACUUGGCUACAAUAGAUGUUGACCCAAGCUCACCAACCUAUUCAAAAGUAAUCCAUAGGAUGCCUGUUCCUUAUGUGGGUGAUGAAUUGCAUCAUUCUGGGUGGAAUUCAUGCAGCUCUUGCCAUGGAGAUCCAUCCGCCAACCGCCGCUUCCUCAUUUUGCCGUCAUUUGUGUCUGGUCGGAUAUAUGUGGUUGACACAAGGGAUCCCAAGGCUCCUUGUUUGCACAAGGUUAUUCAGUCAGAAGAAAUCGUCCAAAAGACUGGAUUAGCAUAUCCACAUACUUCCCAUUGUCUUGCAUCUGGUGACAUUAUGAUAUCAUGCAUUGGGGAUAAAGAUGGAAAUGCCGAGGGAAAUGGGUUUCUUCUUCUUGAUUCAGAAUUCAACGUUAAGGGAAGGUGGGAAAAACCAGGACACAGUCCACUUUUUGGUUAUGACUACUGGUAUCAACCACGGCAUAACACCAUGAUCAGUACAUCUCUGGGAGUUCCAUGGGCAUUCAUAAAGGGCUUCAAACCUCAGCAUGUAUCUGAUGGUCUGUAUGGAAGACAAAUAUAUGCCUACAGCUGGCCUGGAGGUGAACUUAAACAAACACUUGAUCUCGGCAAUACAGGGAUGGUUCCGUUAGAGAUUAGGUUCCUUCAUGGACCUUCAAGAGAUAUAGGGUAUGUUGGGUGUGCACUAUCUAGCACCAUGGUGAGGUUUUUUAAGAAUCCCGAUGAUUCAUGGAGCCAUGAGGUUGUCAUCUCAGUGGAACCAUUGAAGGUCAAAAACUGGAUUCUUCCUGAAAUGACAGGAUUUAUCACUGAUUUACUUAUCUCUCUUGAUGAUCGUUACCUGUACUUUGUUAAUUGGUUUCAUGGAGAUGUUAGACAAUAUAACAUAGAGGACCCCAAGAAUCCUGUUUUGAAAGGGAAAAUUUGGGUUGGUACACUGCUCAAAAAGGGAAGCCCCGUUGUGGCGGAAGAUGAGAAUGGGAAUGAUUGGCAGUGUGAUGUUCCUGAGGUCCAGGGUAAGCAACUGAGGGGAGGCCCUCAAAUGCUCCAGUUAAGUUUAGAUGGAAAAAGGCUGUAUGUGACAAAUUCUCUCUUCAGCAGCUGGGACAAACAGUUUUAUCCGGAGCUCGUGCAGAAAGGUUCUCACAUGAUACAAAUUGAUGUCGACACUGAGAAAGGAGGUUUAGCGAUAAACCCAAACUUCUUUGUGGAUUUUGAAUCUGAACCUGACGGUCCUUCAUUGGCUCAUGAAAUGCGAUAUCCUGGUGGUGACUGCACUUCGGAUAUUUGGGUCUAAACUAAUGAACUUCUCGCAAUGAAAAAUAACUGACUGAGAUCAACUUAGUCAAUGGUCAGUAUAAGCAUCUGUACAAGGUCAAUUCGUUAACAUUAUUAAGAUCUGUAGCUGUAUAUAUAUAUAUAUUGUCAAGUAUUGUGCUGGCAAGUGAAAUACUGUAUCUUGGAAAGCUGUUCUGAUUCUGAAUAAAUCUAAUCUGAAACACUG